UCCUAUUCAAAUUGUAUCAUAUUAUAUGGAUGUGCAUUCUCGUGGCGUUCUUGAUGACACAAAUAUUCGCUUUAUAGGGAAUGAGGCAGUCAAAGAACCGUUACCGGCCGAACGUUGUCGAGAAUUAUUGGAACAUUAUUUUUUCAGUGACCAAUUAGACAAUGUCUUUUCUUACCGAUUCUUGGAAAUUUUUGUUAAUGUAUUAGCAGAUCAAUUGGUUCGGCUAUCCGUUAGUUCCUUUUUUCAAGUUGAACAAUUACGUGUAAUGACUCGAGAAACAAACAUUCGUUCAUCACUUUUUGAAAUAUUGGUUUCUUGUUCUAAGGAGUUUGCCACACGAGCGAUCAAGGCUAAGGAUAGGCAAAAGGAGAACAUUAAAAAAGAAAAUAAUCAAGAAAUCGAUACUGCUCGACUUGGAAACAUAAUUCAGUGGGAUGACUCGAAUCAUCUUGUUGUUGUGUUUUUGUCGCAAAUGCCAGAUUCUAUAUGUGCUCUCUAUCGAGAAAAAAGUAAAGUACCUGAUAAUGUUGAAAAUUUAUUAAAAAGUCAAAAUGCCGAAUUACAAGACUAUUAUAAAAUGAAACCAGAAAUGUUAUUGGAACAACUGGAACGACUUGCAAGGAAAAAAAUGAACAAGUUAAAAGACUUACCUGAAUACGCGUUAACAAUAGAGAACCUCCUCAAGAUGGCAAUGAUUUUAUUGAGAUCACGUGCAAAUAUUCCAGUAGUCUGUUGUGGUGAAGCUGGUUGUGGCAAGACUAGUUUAAUCAGCUUCUUGUCGAUGGUCAUGGAAGUCAAUUUUCGAGCAUUAAAUCUUCAUGCGGGAAUUCAUGAAGAUGAUAUUCUAGAUUUUAUGGAAAAGGCCACAGCACUCGCAAAAGAAGGUGAAACUUGGAUUUUCUUAGAUGAAAUAAAUACUUGUGACCACAUUGGAAUGCUUGGAA